AUAUGACCGACAGGGAAUUGCGCGCGGGUGACGGUGCUUGCAUCCCAAGACUCCGAACCCAACCUCCUCCCUCGCUAGGGUGUUUUAUCGUUAGAGCUUCAAAAAAAUGAGUAUCCUCACAACAAAGACCCUCCAAUGGCGGCGAACUCACUUUUUACCUCCAAUUGAAUUUAAAGAAGUUCGCUCUCAUCGUCGACAUCAUAUCUUCACUUCUAGGGUUUACUCUCUUCGUUGACACUCACACAUACUGUAAUCGAUUCGAUUUGGAGGAGCCACAAUGAGUGCGAAUCCAGAAGAUGGAACGAAAUCCGACUCUUCGUCUUCGAGCUCAAACGAGGCACCGAAGCCUCAGAUUGAGCCCCUGCGGUUGCCUUCUGCGGAGGAGAUUCGGGGCCAAGACAUUUGGAACAAUUGCGCUGUUCGCAGCGUCGUUAGCGGAUUCAUGGGAGGUGGGCUGGGGUUGUUCAUGGGUAUGUUUUUAGGGGCAUUGGAGAACCCCAUAAUGCAAGAUCAAAUGACUGGCAAGCAGCAGUUCAUUUAUACAGCAAAGCAGAUGGGAAGUAGGAGUUGGAGUUCCUGCAAAACUUUUGCAGUUAUGGGCUUGAUUUUUUCAGCUGCUGAAUGUGUCGUUGAGAAGGCUCGUGCAAAACAUGACAUCACAAAUACAGUUGUUGCAGGAUGUGUAACUGGAGGUGCAAUAUCGGCUAGGGGUGGUCCCAAAGCAGCUUGUGCUGGUUGUGCUGGCUUUGCUACAUUUUCGGUUCUGAUAGAGAAGUUUUUGGAUAGACAUGAUUGAGCAAACAGGUAUCAGGUUCCAGUUUUGCAGAUGUAAUAGUUUUAUGAGUCUGGAUAAGCGAAAGUAAUACUCACGGAUGCAUAAUUCAUUCGUAUUUAUUUUUAACUGCCACCAAAUUUACUGUUGCCCCUUUAAUGUGGGGAUGUAUCAUGAGAUAUACAACCCUUGUGGUUUUGUAUUAAUUCUGUUCUCUUCUGCUACAAAUUUCAAUGGCAGAGAUCUGUCCUUAGAUUGAGCAUCAUGUGCUUAGUUCUACCAUAUACUUUUCGUUCAACAUUCAAAUAAAGUUGCUUACUUUUGGGUGGUUU